AUGGAACUUACCAAAACUGAAGAUGAAAAGAUUCAAGAAACAAAGGUACCAAUGAGCGAAACAAGUAAAAAGAUUGUGGAAGAGAUUGAAAGAAGUAGAGCAAAGGAAAGAUAUCAAAAUUAUGGAGAAUUUUUAUAUAACGAAGGAAAGGAAAAUCAAAAACGUCAACAAUUGGAACAGGAAAGAUUAAAGAGACUCGAGGAGGCUAAGGAGGAUGUUUUCUCAUUCAAGCCACAAAUUAACACAAACUUUAAAGUAAUAAGGGGAAGUCAUGCAGCAAACUCAUUCAAGGCAAAUGUGAUAGCCUAUGCUGAAAAUGAAGAAAAGAAAUGCCCUUUCAAACCAAAAAUCAAUGCCAAGUCUUCAAUGAUUGCAAUGCAAAAAAGAAAUGAGGAAUUUCUUUCUGAAGCAAAUCCAAAUCCAUCCAUUACACAAGCUCACGAAUCACUGUUCAAGGAUGCAGAAAAGAGGAGAAUUAGAAUUGAACAUAUGCAACAAGAGGCUGCUAGAAUGUCCCUACCUCCAUCUAAAGGAAGUAAACCAAGUCAAGAACAUAUAGACAAGCUUGUAAACAGUAAGAAAAAUGUUGAAAAACAAAUUUCACAAUUAAGAGUUCAAUUGAACUCCAACUUUGAUCCUGAUACUGGAAGAGAAUUUUUCAAACCAGUAAUUAACAAGAGGCCUAAAUCAGCAGGUGGUAAUAGACAGACCCAAAAUGUAUAUGAUGAACUAUAUCAAAGACAAUUUGACACAACAAAGUCACUAAUCUCAAAAGAAUUUUAUAAGGAAGUGAACAAACUUGCAAAUAAGAAGCAUACAAAUGAAUCCAGUAAGAAGAUUGCUGAGGUUGCUAAGCUUAAAAAGAUUUACAAAUUAUUUGCUUACCUUGACCAAGACGGAGAUGGUUUCCUAAAUAUUGAAAAAGAUAUUCUGUCCUCAAGCGAGGAAAGAUUUAAUGUUUUGGAUAAACCAUUGCAAGAAAUACUGCUAGAUGUUUUUGAGCUCUUUGAUGUGGAUAGUGAUAUUGGAUUUGAAGAAUUUGCUGCUGCUGUUUUUGAACGAAUGGAAAAACCAGAUUCUAAAUCUGCAAUCCUUUCAUCUCAAAAGGGUUCUGUUCACAAAGUAAGUGGAAUUGAUAUUCCUCCUUCAGAAUUGCCAGAUUCUGAGUGUAGCUUCAAACCUAAGACAAAUAAGAAGAGUGAAGAGAUUGUGGUAGCCAAGCGUGCCAGUGCUACUGAUCUUCAUGAUCUUCUUUAUAAGGAGAAGGAUAAACGAGAACAAAACUUGUCAAGAUUGAAGCAAGCAUAUACCGAAGACGAAAUGCGAGAAUGUUCGUUUAAACCUCAAGUUAUUAAUCCAAGUGCAGAGCAUGGAAUUUCAGAUGAAACUCUUAACAGAUUGCUAGCUCCAAAAAAGAGACAAUCAUACUAUGGUCCAAGUGAAGACAAGGAGUUAGAAGAAUGCACUUUCCGUCCAAAAACAAACACAAUGCCUGAAGGUGUUUAUCAGCAACAAACUAAUAAUAAUAAUACCAGUAAGAUAAUACGGCCAAACAAGAGCUAUUCUGAAAUUUUCACAACUGAACAACCAAUCACACCUAGAAAAAUCUCAUCCAAUAAUAAUCCCAGCAGUGGAAACAAAUCAAGUGGUAAAAACCCUCUAAGUCUCCUAAGAUAAUAAAUUAAUCUAAAAUAUCAUCCAGUCUUGCAUUAUAUUCAAUACUUGUGUUAUAAGCUCCUGAAAUAGAGUUUGAUUGGGCAAUGGGAAUCAUUCUUAUUGAUUCUUGUCUCAAACUGUCAUGUGUUGCACUAUUUCUAUAAGAGUUACUAUUAUUUUCAUUUCCUCUAGAAUUAUUAUUUUGGAAGUAUGGUCCACUAAGAAUUGAACUUGCUUGAGUUUGAUGUAUUAUUCUCAUUC